AUGGGGGUGCUGAGGUUGUGGAGCUGGGCUCCCCUGGGGCCUCUCCUCUCCCUGCUCAUUUCUACCAGCAUGGCGUACCUUGCUACCAGAGAUAACUGCUGCAUCUUAGAUGAACGAUUUGGUAGUUACUGCCCAACGACCUGUGGUAUUACAGAUUUCUUCAAUAAAUACCAUCUUACUAUGGAUAAUGAACUGCAGGAAAUGGAGGUAAUUUUGCGGCAAAUUAGUAACAGCACAGGAACAGCAGAACAUUUGAUUCAACACAUCCAAAGCCUCUAUCCUCCAGAGAAGCAGACACUACCAAAUUCAAUUGAUGAUUUUACUAAAAAGUCCAAGAAAAUAAUUGAAGAAAUUAUCAGAUAUGAAAACACUAUUUUGUCUCAUGAAAAUACAAUACAACAGUUGACAGACACACACAUAUUGAACAGCAACAGGAUUGCACAGCUGAAACAGAAGAUUGCCCAGCUUGAGUCACACUGUCAGGAGCCAUGUAAAGACACAGCUGAAAUACAGGAGACAACUGGAAGAGAUUGUCAAGACAUUGCAAAUAAAGGUGCCAGAAAAAGUGGUCUCUACUUUAUCAAGCCUCAAAAAGCCAAGCAAUCAUUCCUAGUCUACUGUGAGAUUGACUCAUAUGGCAAUGGCUGGACAGUGUUACAGAGGAGACUGGAUGGGAGUGAGGACUUCAGAAAAAACUGGAUUCAGUACAAGGAAGGAUUUGGACAUCUGUCUCCAGAUGACACCACUGAGUUCUGGCUUGGCAAUGAAAAGAUUCAUUUAAUAACUACACAGUCCACUCUGCCAUACACCUUACGAAUAGAACUGGAGGACUGGAGUGGCAAAAAAAGCACUGCUGACUAUGCUGUAUUCAAAGUGGGCAGUGAAGAAGACAAGUAUCGACUGACUUAUGCCUACUUUAUCGGUGGUGAAGCUGGGGAUGCCUUUGAUGGCUUUGAUUUUGAAGAUGAUCCAAGUGACAAGUCCUUUACCUAUCACAAUGGCAUGCGGUUCAGUACCUAUGAUAACGACAAUGAUAACUUUGCUGGCAACUGUGCUGAGCAAGAUGGAUCUGGAUGGUGGAUGAAUAGGUGUCAUGCUGCCCACCUCAAUGGAAAAUAUUAUAUAGAUGGUGUGUACACAUCAGAAGAUGCUGGUCCAUCUGGAUAUGACAAUGGAAUUAUCUGGGCAACCUGGCGUAACCGGUGGUACUCCAUGAAGAAGACUGCAAUGAAAAUCAUCCCGUUCAACAGACUGUCAGUAGAUGGACAGCAGCACAACCUCGGCAGCGCCAAACAGGUUCAACCACAGGGACGAGGGGAUAUUUAA